CACCACAGGCAACCUUUUUUUCUUUCCUAUGGCAAGCUGCCCAUCUGGGAAGAUCGCCUGAGGUUACCUGGUGCGGACCUCCGGUUGCGGAUGUUAAUGGAGUGGCUCGCGGAAGAUCAUACCAUGCGUCCAUGCCUGUGUUCGCGCGACCGAACGCUUCGGUCCCGUCCAUGGCCUGAGCUCUGGCCUCUGUGUUCUGCCUGUGCCUCCUCGCGCGCUUUCUCUCUCGUCCCGUCAGUCGAGUCGCCUCACGGGUGACGAGCCCCCGUCGUUUUAUUGCCGAAAGGCUUCAUGGCGAGACUCCCCAAAGGCCCAAACCCCACAGUCGCACGCGCGAACACCAUCACCAUGGCGCCAGCCUCCGCUGCCCUGCUGCUGACCCUGCUGCUCCCGAUGGCCGCGGCGGCGGCGGCGGCGGGCAUGGACCCAGCCGAGAGGGAGACGCUGUUCCGCGUCAUGGAGGCCGUGUCCUCCGACCGGGACUGGCGCGUCGAGAGCCCCGACCCGUGCGGCGCGCCGUGGCCGGGGCUCGAGUGCAAGCCGCCCGGCGCGAGCGGCGGCGGCGGCGCGGCGCGCAUGCACGUCACGCGGCUGGACUUCGGCGUGGAGCCCAACCCGGUGUGCAAGGACACGGCGGCCUUCCCUCCCGAGGCGUUCUCCCUGCCCCACCUCCAGUCCCUCUUCUUCGUCGACUGCUUCACCAACCCGGCCGCCACCACGACGCUCACCCUGCCGGCGCCCGCCAACCUCUCGGCCUCCGGCCUGCAGCAGCUCAGCAUCCGGGCCAACCCGGCGCUCUCCGGCGCGGUGCCGCCGGCGCUGGCCACGCUCCGGUCCCUCCAGGUGCUCACCAUCUCCCAGAACGCGCAGGUCCGUGGCGGGAUCCCGCCGGGCAUCGGGGACCUCACGUCGCUGGUGCGCCUCGACCUCAGCUACAACUCGCUCUCCGGGCCGGUGCCCAGCCAGAUUGGCCAGCUCAAGAGCUUGGUCGGCCUGGACCUCAGCUACAACUCGCUGUCCGGCGCCAUCCCGGGGCGGAUCGGCGAGCUGCGGCAGCUGCAGAAGCUGGACCUCAGCUCCAACAACCUCACCGGCGGCGUUCCGGACACCGUCGCCAACCUGACCUCGCUCACCUUCCUGGCGCUCAGUAACAACGGCCUGAUCGGCCAUUUCCCCCCUGCCAUCGCCGGGCUGCGCAACCUCCAGUACCUGAUCAUGGACAACAACCCGAUGGGCGGCCCGCUGCCCUCCGAGCUCGGCGGCCUCGCCCGCCUCCAGGAGCUCCGGCUGGCCGGCUCCGGCUACUCGGGCCCGAUACCGGAGGCGUUCGGCCAGCUGUCGAGCCUGACGACGCUCUCGCUGCAGGACAACAACCUGACGGGACCGAUCCCGGCGGCGCUGAGCCGGCUGGGCAGGAUGUACCACCUCAACCUGAGCAACAACGCCCUGGGCGGGGCCGUGCCCUUCGACGGCGCCUUCCUGCGCCGGCUCGGCGGGAACCUCGAUCUGAGCGGCAACUCCGGGCUGUGCCUCGACGACCGGAGCGUGCUGCGGGGCGUCGGCGUCGGAGCCUGCCGCGGCGGCGCCGACGGUGACGUCGCGUCGUCGUCGGCCACGGGAAGAGGCUUGAUGGCGACGAGGGGUUCCCAAUCCCAGGACAGCCUCCUGUUGGGGCUGCUCGGCCCAGCGUGCGUUGCCGUGUCCUGCCUUUUUGCCCUCAACGGGCACACGCCGUAUUGAUUGGGCUCUUGUGCUCGUACCUCCUCUGUACUUAUCUUUGGAGUACUCUUAUCUUUGUGUUGCAAUGUUGAUUGUCAGAUCAGGAGCUUACUAGUUCUUGCUUU